AUGAAUCUCACCGGUGUCAUUGCUACCGUCCUUGGCCUGACAGCUGGGAUAUUGUCGGCCAUCGUCUUCAGCAAGUACCAAGCCAUUGGCGGACACAAGCCCAGCAGCACCCAGGCAUUGGUUGCUGCAAAAAUCCAUGCAUUGCCCACCACCACUGGAUCACAGUGCAUCUACUUCACGUUCCCUCAUGAAACACGCGAAGUCUCCCAAGGGAAAACUCCGGCCAAGUCGCUGGAGGAAGCAGUGAACAGGGACUCCAAAUUGGGACUUUUUGACCCCAGGCUAAACAGUACAUUUCUGCACGACAAGGUUAAGAUUCUGUGCUUUGUGAUACUCCAGCGGGGCCAGAUCGGCAACUACGGCAAAGCCGCCAAAGCCACGUGGACGAAACACUGCAAUAAGGUGCUCUUCUUGAGCAACGAAAACAACCCAGAUAUCGGGACGAUUGAUAUCAAACUGCCGGAGGGGAAAUCCCAGAUCUGGCAGAGAUCCAAACUUGGGCUUCAGUACCUUUACGACAACCUUGUCGACAGCGAAUACGAUUGGUUUGUUAAGGCAAGCCACGAUUCGAUCCUCGUUCCCGAAAACCUGCGGUACCUAUUAUUCAUGCACAAAGCCAACAUUCCAAACUAUAUCGCUCACAUGUUUACAGGACCAAAUUCCGGCGGGGCCGUUUUUGCCUUGAGCAAGCAAGCCCUGGCACUGAUCGGCCCCACGCUGCAGGACUACAAGCCCUCUUUUGGGGGCGUGUCAGAUGACCUGGAGUUGGGGGAGUGUCUUAAGGCCUCAGGAGCAGUCUCAGGACACCAAGGGGUAGACUCGGAAGGUGUGCAGAGGUUCCGAAUGAUAGUGCCUGAUCACAAGUUGCCGUUGAACACGAAGGGCUACACAGCGUGGUACUGGCAAUACAUCCGCCACCCAGAUAAAGAGGUAGGUAAUGCUUUUAAAGUGGGGGAGUGCGGCCUAGUGCUUAGGGUUUGUGACUCAUGA